AACUUAUCUGUCAAAUAUUCGUACAUAACCUUACAUUCGUAGUUUUCCUCGUAUCUCUAUAUAUUUUGCAUGUAAAUAUCAAAUUUAAUACCACAUUCCGAGAGAUAAAACAGGUGCUGUUAAGUAGUCGUGUCAUUUAACUUUUGGUGUAAACAAAAUGUCAGAUGAUGCAGAGCAGCAGGCAGAGGAAAUUGAAGUACUCAAGUCUAUAUACGAAGGAGAUGAGAAUUUUAAACAAGUCGAUGCCACAACUUAUCAAUACAAGUAUAUAGAAGGAGACAAAUCUUUUGUAUUGGAAAUUACAUGGGGACCAACAUAUCCAACAGAAAAACCUAAAUGCAACUUAGAAAUUUUCUAUAAUCAACAUUUAUUACCUUCAGUUAAGGAGAAAAUUCUAGCAAUAGUGGAUGGUGAGGCGGAGCAGUGGGUAGGAUGUGCUAUGACAUACACAUUGUUUGAAUGCUUAAAAGAGAAAGUUGCGGAGAUCCUGGCCGAACAGACAGAGGAGGCUGUGGUGGCCAGGGUCGAGAAGAUAGCCAUAGAUGAUCAGAGUGAAUCAAAGAAACCAGAAAAGAAGGAGCAGUUAACAAAAGCUCAGAAGCGUCGUGCGUGGGACCGGGCGGAGGCGGGGCGCGCGGGCGAGCGGCCGCGUGGAUGGGACUGGGUUGAUAUCGUCAAACACCUCUCGCAAGUGCCGCAUCACGACUCAUGACAUCAGCACAUCUACACUUGUGUUUAACUAUGAACUGAUUUAACCGAUCAGCUCACAUCUCAAACAGUUGAGCUAUCGCUCAACUAAAAUACCAGCUCAGCUCAUGGGACGUAAAUAUGGGAGUCAAUGAGCCUCAAACUGUUCAAUGCGCCUCUAUGUAGGUACUUGAGCUAAUCUUGAGUUGGUUCUAUGAUCUGCUUCAUGCACUGUGAGCUGAUCUGAAGGUAAUUUUAGUUGAGUUAACACAACUUCGUGUAAGAUGUUCUACUUAUUCAAUAAUUAUUUCCAGGAAUAUUCUACAAUCUCAACUGUCAAGUUGACAUUUGAAUUUUUGUAUAGGGUUGCCAGUUGUAAAAAUUAUGGACUGAGUAAUAAUUGUUUACUAUUGCUUACUUCUUCAUCUAUUUGAAGUAUGUGUCUGUGUUUUUGAUUUAAUUGAUAUUUCGCCCUGUACACUUUUUAUAUAAAUUAGGAAUGUUCAUUGUAAAAGGUCACAACUGUAAGCUUUUACCACUGUUAUGAAAAUCUCUGUUUCCAUAAAAUUUAUAUGUACAUUGUAAGACUUUGGUAACAACCUAACAACGUUUACUUAAAAUCUUUAUUGUAUUACUUUUCUCAAUCGAAAUGAAAUAUUUAGAAUUAACGAAAAAGUUCCCAACAAUUAUUUUUUACAUAUCAUGAAAAUUCAUAAUAAACCGAUCUCAUUUAAAUUAUUUUCAAACCCAUUUACAAAAUAAAUACUGUGAAAAAUAAAAUGUUGUCUAAGGUUAAAGUCGAAAUUAUAGAAAUGUAAACAAAUUGAAAUCAAAUGUAGGAAAAGAAACUUUUGGGUAUAAAAAUCUGAUAGAGCGAAAACAAGGUAUAUAUAGUUAAUUUUAAUGUUGGUAUCCCUGAGUCCUAUUGCUUUUUUAUCUGUAUAUCUGCCAUGCAAUGCUAUUUUGAGUGUUGCAAAAUAAUGUAUGUUUUUUACAAUAAUUGUCUAAGAAAUGAAUGGAAUUUGGUAAUCAGAUAAUGCUGUGUAUUAUUGGCAUAGUUAUAUUUGCUAAUAUAUAAAGAAUUGUUUUAA